AUGUCAAGCUUGUUAUCUGAUCUGAUCAAUACUACUACAGAUCUCGUCACGACUGAUCUGAUCAGUACUGAGAAUGAAAACCAGGACGAUGUGGUUGCUACUGAUACUGAGAGCCUUAAAGACAACGCAGCUGUUCAAACAAUUUUAGACGGGUUCAAGCACUUCAAGACCAACUAUUACGACACCAAUCCAGAGUUGUUUGGUGAGCUUUCCCUAGCACAAAACCCCAAGUUUUUGGUAUUUUCAUGCUCGGAUUCCAGAGUGAGUCCCUCACAUGUUCUUCAUUGCGCACCUGGACAAGCCUUCCUGGUGCGCAACAUCGCUAACUUGAUUCCUGCAUAUGACCAGCUAAGGUACACGGGAACUGGAGCAACCAUCGAGUAUGCUGUAGAAGAACUCGGGGUAGAGAACAUUUUGGUAGUGGGACACAGCAGUUGCGGUGGAAUCAAAAGGCUAAUGUCUUAUCCCGAGGAUGGUUCUGCUCCACUGGUCUUUAUAGAUGAUUGGAUGAAAAUGGCCUUACCGGUCAAGGCAAAGGUUAUUGCCGAAGCUGCCGAUCAGGAAUUCCCGGAACAAUGUGAGCGUUGUGCAAGGGAAGCAGUAAAUUUGUCAUUGGCAAACGCACUUACCUAUCCCUUCGUUCAAGAGGCAUACGCAAAGAAAAAACUAGCACUUCGGGGUGCUUACUAUGACUUUGUCAAUGGACGUUUCGAGCUCUGGGAGCGUGGUUCUGACAGUGUCAUCAUAACACCCUAG